AUGGUGACUGGGCCGGUGGCCCCGGGGCCAGCCUCCUUCUCUCUCCAGGAGGACGGAGAGGCAGCCAUGUGGGCCCAAGGAGCUGCCGGCGCAGAGGGCACCCCGCCUGCCUGCCGCGGCUUGGUAGGAAGCCUGGAGAGGGCAGAGCCCUUGGGCUCAGGGACCCCCGGCCGGGAGGCAAGGGCUCCUCCAGGAGAGCAGGCAAGGGCUGGGCGGGAUAAGAGGAGGGACUUCCCGAAGCCGCGCGGCGUGGGUGGAGGAGCCCGGGACGCCAGGCCCACGCGGAUCGCGGACCUGGGUCGGGACGAGGAGGACGAAGUUGGGCCUAAACUGGGGGUGCAGGCCGAACUGGGGGACGGGGGUGGGGUGGGUGGGUGUGCACCCGGUGACGCCCCGCCCCGCCCCGCCCCCCAGCGCCGCGAGGUUUUAAAGCACGGGGCCCUGCGGCCGGCAGCAGUGGGGCGCGAGCCGCGUGCGUUUCGGGGUCUGGCCAGCUCCCCCUCCCUGGUGCCAGCCUCUGGCCCCGCCCAGGGCCCCCCACCCCCGUGCCACGGCCAGCUGGGGUUCCUGGGGAUGGGAUUUGCUGUCUGUCACAAAUCACAUUGCCAGGGAUUUCCAACCGACCCUGAGCUCUGUCUCCAAGCCACUGCUGCCACCGAGGAUGCCCAACUGCACCUGGGGAUGAGGUGGCAGAGAGGGCCGCCGCCUCCGCCGCCACCACCACCGCUGCCACGUCAGGCCUGAGGAGCAGGGCUUAGCCGCUUGUGAGCAGGGUCCACACCAAGUCGUGUUCACAGUGGCUAAGUUCCGUCCCCCAGGCCCCGCCUCCACCGCCCCACCUCUCUGCCUGCUGCGGCUUCCCCGGGCUCUGCCUCCUGUGCCUACUGAGCUGAAACACAGUGGAUUUGUGCAGACUGGCUCAGUUCAGCAGGAACAGGAGUCAAGCCCCCUGGAGCCAGCGGCCUGGCCAUCCCGCUGCCGGGAAGACCAGACAGACCCGGAUAUGUCUGAAGGAGCGGGCGGGGGCGAGCCGGUGCCCGGCCCGGGUCGAGGUAUCCGCUGCAGGCCAUCUCCCCGUCUGCGUUAGGGCCCCUGUGACCCUGACACGGCCACACCUCGUGCAGGCUCUGCUGCAGUUCCAGGGCAGACAGACACGUGGGUGGGCGGGUGCACCUUCCUUAAGAAGGGAAGCCACCUCAGCCCCUCCCUUGUGUUGUGAGAGAGGGUCUCCUUAUGUAGUCCAGACUGGCCUUGAACUCACUGUGUAGCCCAGACAAUCCUCCUGUCUCAGCUUCCUGAGUUCUGGGAUGAAAGGCGUGUGCCACCACACCCAGCUCAGCCCUUCCUCUCCUAAGCCUGGCAGGGAGGCUGCACCUUCCCAGCCGCCAGUUACCCAAGAGGAAGCUGCCUUAGGCCCCCUGACCGUUAAAUGCCAACUCCCAGCUUCCGGAACCAGCUGGCCUGACUUGGCCGAGUGUGCCUGGUCUCCUCUCCCUGGGCCCUUUGGAUUCGUAACGGCACACGGGGCAAGGAACAAGCCCAUACGGGCCCGGAAAAGACAGGAGCAGGCCUCCCUCGUCCUGGGGCCGGGGUCAGCCUGUCCUGCUCUCCUCGGUGCUGCUGUCCCCCAGUCAGACGGGAGGGGGGCUCUUUAGGAGUGGGACUGGGAAGGUCAAGUGAAAUGCCCAGGUCAUCAGGGCUGGGCUGGUGUCACCCAGGGAGGGGCAGAUGGGCUUAGGGUAGAGAGCGGGCAGCGUUUGUAUUACCUGCUGCACAGUAAAAUAAAUGUCCCAGCUUCACCCCUGGA